AUAUGACUUGCCCAUUUGUGAAUUUGGCUCCCCAACUCUUCGCUUCACUUCACCUGUGCCUCCCAGUUCUGCGCACUUUGCAAGCGCCCGCCCGCGGGCACCUCCUCUCCUGCUCUCCCUGCUCGCCCACCCACCUCUCUCCACCCCGUGCCACGUUGGUUUGGGUGGCUGCUCUGCGCUGGGUUCCUCUGCCUUUCCUCUUUCACUCCGGUCCUCCUGGUUCUCUUCCUCCGGCGGCGGCGGCUGCUGCUGCUGCUGCUGCUCCUGCUGCUGCUGCUGCUGCUGCUAAACCCGGGAAGCCAGCGGAGGCUCCGUGGAGCUCUUCCAGAAAGUGCAGGGUUAACAGCCUCCCUGCCCUUCCGCCGAGACAACUACAAACGGGUGAAGAAGUCUCCCACCUGCACCCCCUUUUGCUUGGCACUUCUGCAUUGCAUCGCAUGGAAGUGGGAAAAAAAAUGUUCAAACUGCUUGGAUGUUGGGAUAAACUAACCUGAACCUACUUGGGUGUCCUGCCACCUGCUCUUCUUCCUUCAUUUCCACCUUUCCUCUAUGUGGCUUCUAGGAGCAUGCAGCUAAGUCAUCAGACUUGAGUUGCUUAGAGAUCAGGAGGAAGCCCAGUGCCUCCCGUGACAUGUUGGGCAUUACGGGGCUCCCUAGGAGGGCUACUCUACCCGGGGGGACUUUGGCGUCCUAAAUUUAAGCCCCUGGAAAAGGGGGGCUUCUGCCUUCUAUUUUACUUUUUUUUUUUAGUAGUAUCUUUUUUUUUUAACUGAUUCAUCACCUGCCUUGAAAGUGCUUAUUCCUUCCCUCUUUCUACAAUUUGGACAAGUCUUCCUCCUGCUAUGAUGGGCCCCUGGGCAUCAUGAACUUCAUUAUUCCUCACUGGCUGGGAUUCAAACUGCCCAUCGGUAGUGGUCCAGUGCGUUGACCAUGCACCUGAGAAUCCACCCAAGACGGAGCCCUCCUCGCCGGCCGGCCUGGACGCUUGGGAUCUGGUCCCUCUUCUGGGGAUGUAUCAUCAGUUCUGUGUGGAGUUCCUCUAAUGUAGCUUCCUCCUCCUCCUCCUCCUCUUCCUCGCCGGGGUCUCACUCUCAGCACGAGCACCAUUUCCAUGGCAGCAAGCAUCACUCAGUGCCUAUUUCUAUCUAUCGCUCCCCAGUUUCCCUGCGAGGAGGGCACGCUGGCGCAACCUACAUCUUUGGGAAGAGCGGAGGACUCAUCCUCUACACCUGGCCAGCCAACGACAGGCCCAGCACGCGCUCGGACCGCCUGGCCGUGGGCUUCAGCACCACUGUGAAGGAUGGCAUCCUGGUUCGCAUUGACAGCGCUCCUGGCCUCGGAGACUUCCUCCAGCUUCACAUAGAACAGGGGAAAAUUGGGGUUGUCUUCAAUAUCGGGACAGUUGACAUCUCCAUCAAAGAAGAGAGAACCCCAGUAAAUGAUGGUAAAUACCACGUGGUGCGCUUCACCAGGAAUGGAGGCAAUGCCACGCUUCAGGUGGACAACUGGCCGGUGAAUGAGCAUUACCCCACAGGCCGGCAGUUAACCAUCUUCAACACCCAGGCGCAAAUAGCCAUUGGCGGAAAGGACAGAGGACGCCUCUUCCAAGGCCAGCUCUCUGGGCUCUAUUACGAUGGUUUGAAAGUAUUGAACAUGGCAGCUGAGAACAACCCCAAUAUUAAAAUCAAUGGAAGUGUCCGGCUGGUGGGAGAAGUCCCAUCAAUCUUGGGAACACAGACAACUGCCAUGCCACCAGAAAUGUCUACCACUGUCAUGGAAACCACCACUACAAUGGCUACUACCACAACCCGCAAGAAUCGCUCAACAGCCAGCAUUCAGCCAACAUCAGAUGACCUUGUAUCAUCUGCUGAAUGUUCAAGCGAUGAUGAAGACUUUGUUGAAUGUGAACCGAGUACAGGAGGUGAAUUAGUUAUCCCUCUUCUUGUAGAAGACCCUUUAGCUACCCUUCCUAUUGCUACUCGUGCACCUUCCAUUACACUCCCCCCUACCUUCCGCCCCCUCCUCACCAUUAUUGAGACCACCAAAGAUUCCCUGUCCAUGACCUCUGAGGCGGGGUUACCUUGCUUGUCGGACCAAGGCAGCGAUGGUUGUGAUGAUGAUGGCUUGGUGAUAUCUGGGUAUGGCUCAGGGGAAACCUUUGACUCUAACCUGCCCCCUACUGAUGAUGAAGAUUUUUACACCACCUUCUCCUUGGUAACAGAUAAGAGUCUUUCCACUUCAAUCUUCGAAGGUGGCUACAAAGCACAUGCGCCCAAGUGGGAAGCCAAGGACUUUAAACCUAACAAAGCCUCCGAAACUAGUAGGACUACUACCACAUCAUUGUCCCCUGAGCUGAUCCGCUUCACCGCUUCCUCCUCGUCUGGGAUGGUGCCCAAAUUGCCAGCUGGCAAAAUGAAUAACCGUGAUCUCAAACCCCAGCCUGACCUAGUCUUGCUUCCGUUGCCCACUGCCUAUGAGCUAGACAGCACCAAACUGAAGAGCCCACUAAUUACUUCCCCCAUGUUCCGUAAUGUGCCCACAGCAAACCCCACGGAGCCGGGAGUCAGACGGGUUCCGGGGGCCUCAGAGGUGAUCCGGGAGUCGAGCAGUACAACAGGGAUGGUCGUCGGCAUUGUGGCUGCUGCCGCCCUCUGCAUCUUGAUCCUCCUGUACGCCAUGUACAAGUACAGGAACAGGGACGAGGGGUCCUACCAAGUGGACGAGACGCGGAACUACAUCAGCAACUCGGCCCAGAGCAACGGUACGCUGCUCAAGGACAAGCAGCCGAGCUCCAAGAGCGGCCACAAGAAACAGAAAAACAAGGACAAGGAGUACUACGUGUAACCACACGGCCGCUCACAAGACCCGCAUUUAAAGAACCCAGAAGGAUUGCUUUAUCAGUGCAUACAUCCUUGGAAAAUGAGAUUUUUUUUUGCAGAUGUCAGAACUGCUCUACCUAGGAGAUGGGGUCUAUACCAUGUCUAUGGUGGGAAAAAAACCGUUUCUAAAAGGACACACACACCAAGAUGUAUCGACCUAUACACAGUUCAGCCAUGGCUUUGAUCAGUCAUCGCCCGGAGACAGAAGGUCCUUGCUGCCCUGCUGUAUCAUAAAGCACACACUUUGCGCUCUGCAGCCAGCAGGGGGCUCCCCUUCUCUCACCUGGACUUGGGAGCUUCCUUCUCUUGAGGACCUUGCACUCAAGGUAGAGACUCAUGGCUUACUUGUUCCAUAACUCCAAGUGAGUCUGUAACAAUGUUUGUGAAGCUUGACUGUAAUAAUUUUUUUGUUGUUUAAUUAUGUAAAAAACAAAAACAGAAAAAAGUUAAACAAACAAACAAAAAAAAACAACCCACCCUUAUCUGGUUCUGGCCAGUGUGUGUAACUUUUCUUCAAGAUCUGAGGGGAAAAAAUGGCUUUUGGGUUUUUGUUUAUUUUUUGAGGAUGACUGGACAUACGUUAAGAAGAAGAAAAAAAAACACUCAGAAAACUAAAGUGGGAGAGACUAUUGCCAUAUGAACUCAAACGCUACCAUGGUGUUCACGCUACAUAUCAGGUUGUGGUGUUUUUAGAAUCUGUUGUUUGUUUCCUAUACGAACACAUAGCAAAAUCAUGUGAUGGAUGAUAAUGUUGAUUUGAAAAGCUGGUCCCUCAGGAUCUAAUUCCAGAAUUCGCCACCCAAACCCUGAACCGACUGGGUUAGGGCUGGUUUUAUCAGAGCUAUUGGGUUUACUUAACAACAGUGUUCCUGUCCAUUAGCCCAGCCAAAUUGUGGUAAAGGAGAAAGCCCUCCAAAUGAAAACAGAGCCUUUCCCAGAGAAAGGGAAGGGAGGGGGUGGCUUGGAUCCAUGACUGAUAGAAAUGCAUGCAAAUAUAGAAGAAAAGACAAUACUAAAAGGCUGUUCAAUAAUCAAAACAGACCAUAGGGCAGUUCAACUUGUGAUGGAACCCACAAAAGGUCACACAAGCCAAACAUGGCAUGAAGAGAGUGCAAAAUGCAUAGUUCUUCCCCCACCCCCAACGUGAAUAUGUUUUCUCAUCGUGGUUUAAUUUUGUAGUCUGGCACUUACGGAUAACUCUAUCCUUCCAUUUGCUCAUGUCUCCCUUCACCCAUCUUUUCUAAAACUAAACGAAUAAAUAAUAAAUGAAUAAAGCUGCUGUGACACACACAAAAAGGAAUUUAAUAGUAUAAUAUAUAUAUAAAUAAAUAUAUAUACAGAUAUAUUUAUCAUGGUAUGUUUGAUGGGAUGACUGAGACAGGACACCUGUUAAAGUCUUGAAGUGGAAUGAGAAUGUUGUUUUAAAAGAAAAUGACAAAACAACAAAAAAGUAAACCUUAAAAUGUGAAGCAAGUGUGAGUUUUAGUUUUGUCACAGUUAACUGUGUCAAAGAGAAUUAAAAAAUAAAAUCUUCUCAGAUUUUGUUUACAUAUUUUACUACAUUUUUGCUGGUAUAAUUCCUUAGCCACCUAUGUACAUACUGCUUUAAGAAUUGUUCCUUCCUUUCUAUUUGUUUAUUUCAGUUGUUUGGUUUAUAUUCUGGUUGUCUUUCUUUCUUUUUGAAAAGAGGAAACAAUGUACAGAAAAACAAUAAAUUGGUUGUGUGGCCAUAGCUAUCCAAAAAGCAAGAGACAAAGCAAGACAAAUAUUCACACAAAAAUUAAGUGUGUCCUCUGGAGGGUCAGGUAUAUACAAUUUCUUUUGUACAGAUGAAAAUCAAUCAGCUGUUUAGAUUUAGAAAUCUACUCUUGCUGGUCUUUGUAAGUUGCAUGAAUAUUUGAUUUGAAAAAAUACCUUAAAGAUAUGGGGCAAAAGUGCAAUCUAAACAAUGGUAGCCUUUACUAAUGUGUAUGGAAAGAAGUGUUCCUCAUUAUCUGAUAUUUCAAUGUGUUAAGAGUUUUGAAUUUUUUUUUGUCAUUAAGAAAGACAGGAUUAUAAAGAGAUAUCAAAGCACGAAUUUAGAUAGCCUAAAUGGCCCAACCUAUAUAAAGUUGAUUAUAUCUUGAUGUCUUUAAAAGAUUGCUGUUCUUGGAGUCUUGAGGUCUUGUGAAUUGAUUUUCUGAUUUCUUUCUUUACAUUUUUUUAAAAAUUUGAGUAAAAAUACAUUUGUUAUAUUCCUUUCAGUGUAAGUUCUAUUUGGACAAUUUUAUGGGAACAUGUGCAUUCUGUAUGUGAGCUUCUAUCAUAUUCCUGUUGUUUUAUGAGCAGACUUUUACGGAAUUUAUUUAUGAUGUUGUGAUGUUACCGCUUUUCCUUUUUCCUUUUCUCUUUUAUUUCAUAUUUGCAUUUUUGUUCAAGGAUAUGCUUAGCAAUAAAAUGUUCUUCCCAAAAUCUUGUAUGAUGAUGCAUUCUUAUUUUCUCAACAUUUAGUUUAAGAUCUUACACUGAAGAUAAACAUGUCAUAUCUUAUUGAAAGUAAGCUAAGACUACUUUCAUGUGAAAUAAAAGAUUCUAUACAGAUACUUAUAUAAACAUGUCAAAAGUGGCAUAUUUAUGGGCUUAACAAUUAUUGUCUGUCAACCAAAGCAUUAUUUAGAUUUCUUUGGUAGAGUCAACAGUAAAGAAAACACUUUUCUGAACAGGUAAGAUGACAAAAGCAUUCCAUUCUGGAAAAUAUUACUGGAUACUAUGUUUUUG